CGGGUGGUUGGAAAUAGGUUUAAGGGCAGGGCUGGAAACUGAUCCUGGGGCGGAGUCUUAGGACCCGGCAAGUGAUGGGAGCUUUGGGGCUACGUUUUGGUCCCUGGGUUCGAGGCAUCGACGUUCCGAGAGGUGGGGCGAAAGGAGCAGGCAGAAAUGGCAGCUCGGGCCUGGCUUUUUAAGACGCGAGGGAAGGAUUUUUAAAAAACGAUCUUUAACCAUUCCGGCUCCCUUUCUCGCAAGGGGUUUAGAGUCCCCGUUCUCUGAAGAGUUUCGAAGUAAAGGCUCUUCUGACACCUCAGCCCCAGCAGGCAUUUAGCGAGUUGAGAGCCUGGGCUCCCGCCCAAGUGGGAGGAAACUCAGGGUCCUGAAGUCUUUGCCCUCCCCACCCGCAGGCUGCUACCAUGAGGUUAAAUCAGAACAUCUUGCUGCUGGGGAAGAAGGUUGUGCUGGUACCCUACACCGCAGAGCAUGUGCCCAGGUACCACGAGUGGAUGAAAUCGGAGGAAUUGCAGCGUUUGACAGCCUCUGAGCCGCUGACCCUGGAGCAGGAGUAUGCGAUGCAGUGCAGCUGGCGGGAAGACGUGGACAAGUGUACCUUCAUUGUACUGGAUGCAGAGAGGUGGCAGGCCCAGCCGGGCACCACCGAAGAGAGCUGCAUGGCGGGAGAUGUGAACCUCUUCCUCACAGAUGUCGGGGACCCAUCCUUGGGGGAGAUUGAGGUCAUGAUUGCAGAGCCCAGCUGCAGGAGCAAGGGCUUUGGCACUGAGGCUGUUCUCAUGAUGAUGUCUUAUGGAGUGACCAAGCUGGGUGUGACCAAGUUUGAGGCUAAAAUUGGGCAAGAAAACGAACCAAGCCUCCGGAUGUUCCAGAAACUUCACUUUGAGCAGGUGGCUGUGAGCAGCGUCUUCCAGGAGGUGACACUCAGACUGACGAUGGACGAGCGGGAGCGGCAGUGGCUUCUGGAGCAGACCAGCCAUGUGGAAGAGAAACCCUACGGAGACGGGUCACAGGAGCCCCGCUGACAGAGCCCUGCAACAGGAAGGAAUGCACCGGCCUCUGGGCAGUGCUCCCGACCCCUCUACAGACUACAAAUCACCAUUUGGGGCCUUUCAGACUCUGGGCAGGACGUGCCUUGGCUCCCUCAGGCUGGCAGUGUGGCUCAGUGACUCCAGGGCACCCUCCUCCUGGCCAAACCUGGACUCAGACUCUCAGAACCUGGAGUGGACAGCCCAAGUCCAUGGGCGGAGGCACAGCGGGAGGCGAAGGGGGCCUGGAAGGCCAGAGGUGCCACUCUGAGGCUGAGGCCCUGGCAGGAGGAAAGCACUGCGUGGCCAGCCUUCCGCAUCCUCACUGGGCCCCGUGGAGGGGAGCUGCCGGAGGCCCACCUGCAGCCCUUACCCAUCCUGCCCGGGGGUGCCAGGGCAGCUCAGGCCUCUGUCCUGUGCAAGCGGGCUGCGUCACCUCGGCAGGUCUGGAGACUAAUGAGGUUGGCCCUGUUAGGACAGACAGGUGGCUUGGAAAAUGGGCAAGAAUCCUGUUCCUUUCUCUUCUUUGGAGCGUUCUGAGUUAGUUUCGGAUACAGCUCCCUGUGGCUGGAGAGCACCCCUCUGCUGAAAGCUUCCCGCCUCCUGCCCUCUGCCUCUGGGCGCAGCUGCACCUGUCAAGGCUACAAGGGGGCGCCAGAGGCACAGGUUGGCAUGGCUGCCUGGCAACCUGUGCUUAACAGCUGGGCCAGAUCUCCCCACCGCAAAGCAAGGGGGACACCCACUGACGUCUGUCCUCAAGCCGUCAUCUGG